AUGAGAAAAAAAGUAAACGAGAAAUUACGUGAAAUGCGUGACGACGGCAUCAUUGAAAAAGUGGAGGGUGCAACACCAUGGUUAUCCCCACUCAUCGCCAUUCCAAAGAAAACUGGUGACGUCAGACUGGUUCUCGACAUGCGCGUUCCAAACACAGCUCUAAUCAGACGUAGAGUUCAGAUCCCAACCGUUGACGAGAUUCUACGCCAGAUGGAAGGAGCUAAAGUAUUUACGGAAGUCGAUCUGUCCCAAGGCUAUCUACAACUCACCCUCGCGGAAGAAUCGAGAUAUAUCACUGCCUUUACCACCCCCGACGAGGGCCCCCACCGUUUCAAGCGUUUGAUAAUGGGAGCAUCACCCUCUGGCGAAUACUUCCACGAGAUAAUCCAUGAACUUAUCAAGGACAUUCCUAGAUGUGCAAACAUCUCAGAUAACAUCUGGUUAUGGUCCGAUGACCGACAGUCCCACUAUAAACAACUCGAACAGUUGUUAACCAAAUUGGAGUCCAGCGGUUUAACCCUCAAACUACCCAAAUGCUCGUUUUCA